UGUUGGGCCAUAAUCCACCAGCUUCCGGGUCAUGUCAGGGGGGAGACGGAAGCAGCGUGCUGAACGAGUGAGCGUAGGAAGGCUUUUUGAACUGACAGGAGGUAACGAUUCAUCAGCUAUUUGAAAGAUGGACGAAAAGAAGCUACUGGAGUCUGCAGCCAGGACGGAGAAGACGGCAGAAGAAAGCGCCGAGUCAAUGGCAAGUUGCUCCGGCUUGGCUGCAGCAGAGCUCGGAGCUGUGGGUGGUGUAGAGUCAAAGGUGGACACUCUGCUUCAGGAUGCCGUGCGGCUGAAGACCGAGGGGAACGCACGCUACCGGGAGAAGCGCAUCCGCGCUGCCAUUGGACAGUACCACCGCGCGCUGCUUGUACUGCGUGGUCUGGACUGUGACGUGACCGCAGCGAUCCAGGGCUUUGGCCCCCAGCUUCCGACUUUGACCCCCAAGCAAGAACAGCUGCUGAGGAACACACAAGUGGAUUGCUAUAAUAACUUAGCAGCCUGUCUGCUCCAGCGGGAGUGCGUCGACUAUGCCCGGGUCCAGGAAUACAGUCUGCGGGUGCUUCAGCGACGGGCUGGUGACGUUAAGGCGCUGUACAGAGCAGGAGUGGCCGCAUUGGAGCUGGGAGAUGCACAAACCGCCCGACACUACCUCGGUCAGGCCAGCAGAGGGCAGCCUAACGAUCCGAACGUGAGGCGGUACUUGCUGCGAGCAGAAGAAAGACUAAGUAGCGACUACCAGAGAGAAAAAGCAUUAUAUAAGGGCAUGUUUGGCAAACAGAAGGAUGAAGCAGGGGGUGGAGGGGUAGAGAGUGAGGUGACUCAGAAUUAAGUGUAGUGCAAAAAGUCUGACUUAAACACCACAAAUGCUGAAGGAAAUCAUGUGAUCGUGCAAAGAACAGAACGACAGAAAAGUGAAGACUGAAAACAUUUGUCUUCUUGUCUAUUCGAGUAUGGCCUGUGAAAGACUUGUGAUCUCAGCUUGUCUUUAUUUGUUCAUUUUGUGCAUUUCACCUGUCCACCCAGAAGCAGGGUUUAAAUCUUUUCUUAAAACUGAAUAAAUAUUUUUGAACAUACCAUU